UUUCAGCAUCGGCAAACUCGGUGUUCUGGAAAUGAAAACCAUGAAAAUGUUUAAAGCUGUGAAGAAACUCAAAUUCUGGUCGAAAAAGAGAAAGUCCAUUGCCCCUCGGCCUUCAUCUUCAUUCUCUCCUUCCUAUUGCCAUAUCUGUUACUCCAGCGCCUCAGUGCAUUCCUCCCAUUAUUAUCAAAGCAGUUACUUGAGCUCCUCAAUGCAGCCUUCGGCGCCACCGUUACCGCCAUGGCUCCAGGCUGAGUUGACCCAGGAUGAGUUUCCAACGCCAGAGCAGGCUGAGCCAUUCCCUGAAUUUUCAUCCCCAACCGAUCAGGUUCAACACCCCACACAAGAUACUGAGUCAAGUCUCAUUUUCACAGCAGCAACUCCAUCCUAUCAGCAAUACAUGGAUCCGAAUCCCGUCUAUGGAUUGCCUCUAGUGCAGCAGACAGGUAGAAGAGAGAGAUCAGGUGGGUUUUUUGGAUGUGUGAUUGAUUUUAGCCUCCAUCUGUUCCGAUGUUUCUGUCCAUGUUUCCACAUCAGAGAAGUUCACGAGAGAAUCAUGAACAAGCCCUCAAAUGUAUUAUUAUCACAGUAAAGGAAACCUCCAUUUCCC